AUGUAUUCUCUCUCUUGCAUGACCAAAAGUCCUUCAACUCGAAUCUGGAUCCAAAAACUCCCAGCUUACACAACCCACAACUACGAUAAUCUCAACAUACAACCAGCUAUGGACCACUCAGCUAGCUUGCCAAAUCUGGUGUCAGGCUCAACCGUGUUUGACUACAAUGCACUCCCAGAGUGUGCAAGCAGCUGCAAGAUACUUGAAGCAUCAGAGGCAAAUUGUGUUCCGCCGGCUGCCCCAGUAUCCAACCACUUCACCUACCAAGAUUGUGUCUGUCAAUCAGCAUAUCUGGGGGACCUACACGAAAGUGGUGCUAUCUGUCAUGAAGUAUGUAGUGAUGAUGACGACAAGCUCAUCCAUCAAUACUACAAUCGAAUGUGUGGCCAGUCCGACAUACCAGAGACGACGACUUCCCAUCUCCCGUCGACGACCACCUUGCCAACAGUCACCUUGCCAACGCUUACCACUGUCUACACAACUUUGGUAACGAUGCAGACACCAACGACGUCUGCUCCACCGCCAACCCAAACACACGUGGAUGCUAUUGAAGACCAAGGAUCCUGGCUACAACAAAACAGAAAGUACUUCGCCAUAAUCGGGGGCGGGUUGGCGCUCCUCAUCGGUAUGAUCAUGAUAUGCAUCCAUCUCUACAAACGCCACAACCGCAAAUCCGCCCUCGAGAACGCCGGACGACGCCACCCAUUCAUCCUUCUCCAGGACGUCAGCCCUCUCCAGAACAAGACUCCUCCUCGAAGCCAACCCGUCACCCCAAUCCACCAGCCCUCCCCUCUGCACCCACAUUCAAGUCCUGAAGGCAAUCUAAGCUAUCCUUCCAGCUCCCCAGGCCUAUCCUACCCCCCACCAACCCUCACAUUCGGUCCCACCAUACGCACAUACGCGAGCGAUUCGCAGAACGACCUACACGAGAUGCAGCGCGCUGCUGGACGAUGCGGUACACCUUGUCGCUCGCUGAGUCGCACGGAGCGAUUGAUCAUGGAGCGCAUUCGGAUGACUGGGCGACCGGAUAUUCCGAUGAGCGCUACCCCGAAGGUUGAGAGAGGGAAGAGAGAUUGA